CCAGAGAUGGAGCUACGACACAGAUAUUCACUCCGGUAAGCAACCAUGAGACCGUCCACAGUUGGGUUCCUCUCCGUCCUCCUGGGGAUCAUCCUGCUUCAAGCCGCAUCUUCCGCUGAAAAAAGUGGACAGUGUCCUUAUAACAAGAUGAAUGCACUAGUCUUUUGUGGUACUUUCGACAAAACUGCCUGCAACACAGAUGAAAACUGUGAAGGUCAGCAGAAGUGCUGCAGAGAGCUCUGCAAAUACAAAUGCCAGGAACCUGUGGUAUUUAAAGACUCGGAAUAAGAAGAUAUUGAAGACAUUUGUGGAAAAAAGAGAUCAGCAUCAGCUCUUUGUGAUCGGCAGGACAUCACCCCACACAGGAAUUUUCUUUAAAUAAAGAAUUCUUCUAUACCGAUA